ACCUCCUCAAAACUCAAGUACAUUUUAAUCAAAAUUGUAGUUUAUCGUAAUCAUUACAAUGACAGUUUUACAUUUAAUAUCCAAAACGGAUUAUGACAAAGUUGCAAACUCAAAAUAUGUGGUUAUUCACUUUUUUGCGGAAUGGGUAGAACAGUGUAGGGAUAUGAACAAUGUUCUAGAUGAAAUGGCGAAAAAGGUCACUUACAAAGAAGUCAUCUUCUCUAAAAUACCUGCUGAACAAGUGCCAGAAGUGUCAUUAAAAUAUAAAAUUACAGCUGUACCAACAAUCAUAAUUUUACAAAAUGGUAGCGAAGUUGACCGGGUUGAUGGUGCUCAUCCCAGUCAGCUUAACAAGAAGUUAGAUGCUAUGUUAAGUGUUCCACUGAAACAAUCACCUAAUAAACCUAUUAAGGAGAAUACUACAUCACAAAUAACUAAAGAGAAAAAAGUUGAUUUGAACGAAAGACUGAAUAGGCUGAUUAAUUCAUCUGAUGUUAUGCUAUUUAUGAAAGGUAAUGCGGACCAACCAAGGUGUGGAUUCAGCCAGAAAUUGGUUGAUAUCUUAAAACAACAUAAUGUAGAAUUUAAAACGUUUGAUAUUCUAAACGAUCAAGAAGUAAGAGAAGGAUUAAAGAAAUAUUCCAAUUGGCCUACAUAUCCACAGUUAUAUAUCGGUGGUGAACUAAUAGGAGGAUUGGAUAUUGUCAAGGAACUCGUAGAAGCUGGGGAAUUCGAGGAAAAAUUUCCAAAAAAACAUUCAUUAGAGGAUAGGCUGAAGAGUUUAAUUAACAAAUCAAAGAUAAUGGUAUUCAUGAAAGGAGACCGCGAAAAGCCAAGAUGUGGAUUCAGCAGGCAAUUGGUUCAAAUCCUAAAUGAUGCUGGAGCUAAAUACGAAACUUUUGAUAUACUAGAAGAUGAAGAUGUGCGACAAGGAUUGAAAACCUUUUCGAAUUGGCCUACAUACCCUCAAGUAUACGUUAAUGGAGAGCUGAUUGGGGGUUUAGACAUCAUUAAGGAACACUUAGAAAAUGGUGAACUAAGUGGUUUGUUAAAUAUCUAAAUAUCAGUCAACCCAUGUAAAUUGUUAAUACGCUCUUCAUCUUUCAUUUUAGUUAAUAAAUUAUUUGUACUUAUUUUCAAUUGAAUUAAUACCUGUU